CGGACCAAACCCCAAACACUGAUACGAUAGGCGGUACAGUGGACAUCCACUGUGGGUACGAGCGCCAGGCUGCCGUGCGUCCCUUCUUUUGGAAUUGAGUUUUUAAAAAAAAAAAAAAUCAAGCGUGGUUGUAAGUAUUUGCCAGGAAUCAUUUACGGCAUUAAAACUCUUUUUUUUUCUUCCUUGGAAAGAAAAGAGGGGAUUACGCGCUGCUUAAGAAACUCUCAUCACUUUGCUGGCGUCUGGUGUGCGUGCGCCCGUCGGCUCCACACCUCUGCGCCUGGCACCGCAACAGUCCAAAGUCCUUCAGUCAGUUUGGUGGGACGCGGACUGGACUGACACACGGAUAAUUUCAACCAGUGAUAUUUUUGGAAUAUAGCCUAAUGAACAAAUGAUCCAGAUAUAACCUCAGAAGGAAUCUAUCAAAUACACUUCCAACAAAAUUAUUUUUUUUAUAUGUGGACGGUGGAAAAAAGUUAUAAGAAGCAGUCAUAAGAUGAUUGUGUCAAGAAAAGAUCUCUGAAUAACAUUUGUCACACAGUCAUGGCAUUCAGGAAGACAUUCAUACUGAGUGUUGGGGGGCUUAGAGGAAAGAACAUUUUUCUUUGAAGAAACUCUAAAUUAUACUUCAUCCAACAAAACAAACAAUACAUCUUCUCAGUCCUCAAUGAGCUGAGUUUGGCACCAGCCAUCAGCAUACUUUUAAUAAGCUCUGCUUUGAAAACAACGAACUCACUGCCAGUCAUGGUUUCUGUUUGAUGCUGAAAAUUGAAGUGAACUGGAGGACAACAGCAGAAGUAAAAGGAGGUAUUUGAAACCCUUGUUGGACACCGUUAUCUUUUCUCUUGGAACAUCUAAUCCAGCUGUUUGCUGUUCUCAUCAGCUCUGGCUAUCUGCCAUUUUGCAUUAUUUCCUGUUCUUGGCUGUGUAAUAUACCUCUUAACCCCCACUCACCCCACUACCCUUAAGCACUUUUUUAUUCCAUACUGGUUCUCUGAGAGGCUUCAUCCUGGCCGGCACUAUUCCAGCUAAGGGGGAAGAGGACUUCCUGACGCUGGCCGCCUCACGGCUCAGCCGCAGGAAACGUGUCAUUGGAGCUGCAGUAGGUGUGGCCAUGGUUCUCAUACUGUUGGUCGCCAUUCCUCUGCUGGUCCACACAACCAAAGGGGGGAACACUGGAAAUGCAGGAAGCCAUUAUGAAAUGCUUGGAAGCUGCAGGAUGGUAUGCGACCCUUACUCCACCUCUCAACCAGGCCAGGAGCUGACACCCGUGUCCCCAACACCCCAGGAUUACUCUGGAAAGAAGAAGUCUGGCCUCCGGGGGCCUCCUGGGAUUCCUGGCCCACCAGGAGCACGUGGACCUCCAGGAGAGCCAGGCAAGCCAGGGCCGCAGGGGCCUCCAGGUCCAGGUCCUGGUGGCUACUCCCCUUCUCUCUACACUCCUAAAAUUGCCUUUUAUGCAGGGCUACGCAAACAGCAUGAGGGGAAUGAGAUACUAAAAUUUGACGAUGUGGUGACCAAUGUGGGUAACUACUAUGAGCCCAGCACCGGGAAGUUCACCUGCCCUCUGCCUGGCAUCUACUUCUUCACGUACCACGUCCUAAUGCGAGGUGGUGAUGGGACCAGCAUGUGGGCAGACCUGAAGAAGAACGGACUGGUAAGAGCCAGCGCCAUCGCUCAGGAUGCUGAUCAGAAUUACGACUAUGCCUCCAACAGUGUGAUCCUGCAUUUAGACGUGGGCGAUGAGGUUUGUGUGCAGCUGGACGGAGGGAAGGUCCACGGAGGGAACACAAACAAGUACAGCACCUUCUCCGGUUUCCUCAUCUAUCCAGAUUGAACCUAAUCCUUUCUCACGCAGAAUGGAGUGAUUAGAUACACACUGACAUCAUACAUAUUCACACUUACACAGACAGCUAUGCACACACUAUUCAGACCCACACACAUAUGCAUGCAAGAAAACACACAAACACACACACUCAAACAACACACAUCCUAGAAUACAACAGACUACAAAACAGUGAAUACAGUAAAAAUCAGAGAUAAGUGGAAUUAAGAGGAAAUGUAUGAUACUGAGCCAACGAUCAGCUGCAUUUACUGGCGCCUUUUGUGUGCAAAAUGAAUUACUGAAUAUGUACAGUAUAGGUGCACAUAACGACUGCACAUUGUGGCUCUAAAAUAUCUAAGAUAUUUUAAUGUGUUCCAUAUUUACUGACAUUGUGAGAACAAGAAUAUAAUAAACACCAUCAGUCUGAUUGUUUUUAAUGCAAUAAUGGUGUUAAAAGUGCCAUAAAUCAAGAUGACUAAGCUGAGACAAAGGCACCCUUACUGUAUGCCAAACAGCAUUUACUUUAACAUGACCUCUAGUCUUUCCAGUAACCUCUGAUUAAACAAUCUACUACUUUUGCAAACAUUUUUUUGUGAAAUAUUUGCUUCCCUAUGCUUUAAAGUGAAUUACCCCAGCUGACAUGAAUAAAAUCCCUGUUGUGAUUCACCUUGCAGUGGGAAAGUACUGAUUAAAAUGAGGCCAGUUGAGUAAACUCCGAUGUUUGACCCAUCUUUACUGUUCCCAUCAUGACAUGGGACGUUCUACAGAUGGUACUUGUGUGUGAGGAAGUUUUAACUGCCAAGUGCUUUUUUGAUUCUGUGUGUAUAAAUACUGUAUGAUACUGAGGCAGUGUGGAUGUGACAGCUGCGGUGUUUUACUUCAAUUCAAUGUUGUACAAAACGUUACAGCCAUGUUAAUGGAACUACACUGCCAUACCUACAUAGUCCUUUAUUUUUGAGAAACCAUGUCAAGUAUCAUCAUAUGUAUAAACAGUAAUCUUGGGAUGGGAUAUCUGGUAUGUUAAAUAGGCUGAGUAGAUAAUUACUAUUAAAAUAUCUACAUUACUGCUGUCUUUUUUUGUGUUCUUACGUGGUGUUCUGGUGUGUUGACAGUCAGGACUGAAUAAAGGCAUGUACAUUUAAGAGACAUAAACACA